CUUUCUCUAGAAAGGAAAGGUAGGAGGCAGAAUUUUACAAAUAGUGAGAGUGGUGGUGAGGUAGCUCUGAUGGCGACGAGCACAAGCAGUAGCAGCAACCAACAGUACAAACCGUACCGUCACCUGAAAACCCUAACCGCACACGAAAGAGCGGUGUCGUGCGUCAAGUUUUCCAACGACGGAACCCUCUUAGCCUCAGCUUCUCUCGACAAAACCCUAAUUAUUUGGUCCAAUGAAACCCUCUCCCUUCUCCACCGCCUCAUCGGCCACUCCGAGGGUGUUUCCGACCUCGCAUGGUCCUCCGAUUCCCACUACAUCUGCUCCGCCUCCGACGACCGCACCCUCCGCAUCUGGGAUGCCACCGGCGGCGACUGCGUCAAGACGCUCCGUGGCCACUCCGACGCCGUUUUCUGCGUCAACUUUAAUCACCGAUCUAAUUACAUAGUCUCUGGCUCCUUCGACGAGACAAUUAGGGUUUGGGAGGUCAAGACCGGGAAAUGCAUCCACAUCAUCACCGGGCACACCAUGCCCGUCACUUCCGUCCACUUCAAUCGCGACGGUUCCCUCAUUGUCUCCGGUAGCCACGACGGGUCUUGCAAGAUUUGGGAUACGAGCUCCGGCACUCACUUGAAGACCCUAAUUGACGAUAAGGUCCCUGCUGUUUCCUUCGCCAAGUUCUCCCCCAACGGCAAGUUCAUACUCGUUGCCACUCUCAAUGAUACACUCAAGCUUUGGAACUACCAGACUGGGAAGUUUUUAAAAAUUUAUUCUGGCCAUGUGAAUAGAGUAUACUGCAUAACUUCCACAUUUUCUGUGACAAAUGGGAAAUAUAUUGUUAGCGGUUCAGAAGAUCGCUGUGUUUAUUUAUGGGAUCUUCAGCAAAAAAAUAUGAUUCAGAAACUUGAAGGCCAUACGGAUCCUGUAAUAUCUGUUACUUGUCACCCAACAGAGAACAAAAUUGCCUCCGCUGGCCUUGAUGGUGAUAGAACAGUGAGGGUUUGGGUACAGGAUUCAUGAAUAAUGGGAAAUUGUAUUGGGAUGUCGUCCUCUUAUGUGACGCAUUGCAAUCUUGCUUUCUUUUUAGAUUUCAACUGCAUGCUUCCUUGAGCUUUUUUAAUGUAUUAUAUAGUCUUUGUAUGUUCAUGCGUAUUCAUGCUUGAUUUUAAUACUGGACACUAUAAACAGGCACUAUAGACACAGAGACAAGAAGUUAGAAUAAUUUGAGAUUCCUACCCUGUUGGGUACCAAAUAUUAUAAUGUUUCGAGAUUGUGAAGAGCCAGAAUCAAACGUUGCUACCUUUAAGUUGCUGCUUGCAAUGUGAAAAAAGUCUCCAAUCAUUGGCUUGAGAACUUGUGUAAUAGUACAUUCAUUAUUUAUAAAUACAAAGAUUAAAUCUCCCUUUGCUGCGGCUCUGUCUGAGGCACAAAACAGCCGUGAUGGGAUUUCUUUUC